GGUCCAUACAUUGUUGAUUGAACCCUGAGCUACAUUUUCAAGAGGAGACGAAGCGGUGAGUAGGCCGUAGAAAAUACGUGUAAACAGAGAAGAUUACAAAACUGUUCUACCAGUUCAACUCUUUGGGGGGGGGGGGCUCGUAAAUGGAGUCGCUUGAGAAAGCAAGAAACAGAUGUAUGUCAGGAGAAGUGCAGUAUUAUCAUAAGGAGACGUAUACUUGGAUGACGGAAGAGGAAUGAAAGGAAAAAGAGAGGCAGAGGAGGUCUAAGAGAGAGAGAGAGAGAGAGAGGGAGGGAGGGAGGAAGAUUGUGAGCUUGAGUCGGUAAAAAAUGGCAGGAGGUCUAAGAGAGAGAGGGAGGAAGAUUGUGAACUUGAGUCGGUAAAAAAUGGCGGGGAAAAGGGAGAAUGUUUGUUAAAGAAGAAUGGUAGGAAAUGUAAGCGAAGUGAGCUGAAGACAGGAGGAAAAAUGGAAGUGAGUGAGGGUGAAGUAUCGGAGGUGGUAGGUGUGGUGAAGUACUCGGAGCCCGAGGCUUGCACAGGGGGUCAGGAUAAAGAUGAGUCUGACAGUAGGAGUGACGUUUUUGGUUGACGUUUGGCAACUCGAACCUUCAGCUCCCUCCACAGAUUUUCUAUGGCAUUAAGGUCUGGCGACUGGUUAGGCCACUCCAGGACCUUAAUGUGCUUCUUCUUGAGCCUUCUUCGUGGCGCAGUGGUCUAAGGCACUGCAUCGCAGUGCUAGCUGUGCCACUAGAUAUCCUGGUUCGAAUCCAGGCUCUGUCGUAGCCGGCCGCGACCGGGAGACCCAUGGGGCGGCGCACAAUUGGCCCAGCGUCGUCCAGGGUAGGGGAGGGAAUGGCCGGCAGGGAUGUAGCUCAGUUGGCAUGGCGUUUGCAACGCCAGGGUUGUGGGUUCGAUUCCCACGGGGGGCAAGUAUGAAAAAAUAUAUAUAAAAUAAUAAUGUAUGCACUCACUAACUGUAAGUCGUUCUGGAUAAGAGCGUCUGCUAAAAUGUAAAAAUGAGCCACUCCUUUGUUGCCUUGGGUGUGUGAUUUGGGUCAUUGUCAUGCUGGAAUACCCAUCCACGACCCAUUUUCAAUGCCCUGGCUGAGGGAAGGAGGUUCUCACCCAAGAUUUGACGGUACAUGGCCCCGUCCAUCAUCCCUUUGAUGCGGUGAAGUUGUCCUGUCCCCUUAGCAGAAAAACACCCCCAAAGCAUAAUGUUUCCACCUCCAUGUUUGAUGGUGGGGAUGGUGUCCUUGGGGUCAUAGGCAGCAUUCCUCCUCCUCCAAACACGGCGAGUUGAGUUGAUGCCAAAGAGCUCAAUUUUGGUCUCAUCUGACCACAACACUUUCAUUGACAAACUUCAGACGGGCCUGUAUAUGUGCUUUCUUGAGCAGGGGGACCUUGCGGGCGCUGCAGAAUUUCAGUCCUUCACGGCGUAGUGUGUUACCAAUUGUUUUCUUGGUGACUAUGGUCCCAGCUGCCUUGAGAUCAUUGACAAGAUCCUCCCGUGUAGUUCUGGGCUGAUUCCUCACCGUUCUCAUGAUCAUUGCAACUCCACGAAGUGCAUGGCGCUCCAGGCCGAGGGAGAUUGACAGUUCUUUUGUGUUUCUUCCAUUUGCGAAUAAUCGCACCAACUGUUGUCACCUUCUCACCAAGCUGCUUGGCGAUGGUCUUGUAGCCCAUUCCAGCCUUGUGUAGGUCUACAAUCUUGUCCCUGACAUCCUUGGAGAGCUCUUUGGUCUUGGCCAUGGUGGAGAGUUUGGAAUCUGAUUGAUUGAUUGCUUCUGUAGACAGGUGUCUUUUAUACAGGUAACAAGCUGAGAUUAGGAGCACUCCCUUUAAGGGUGUGCUUCUAAUCUCAACUCGUUACCUGUAGAAAAGACACCUGGGAGCCAGAAACGCCAGGGUUGUGGGUUCGAUUCCCACGGGGGGCCAGUAUGAAAAAUUUAUGCACUCACUAACUGUAAGUCGCUCUGGAUAAGAGCGUCUGCUAAAUGACUAAAAUGUAAAUAUGUACCAGUACAGAGGGAUAGGCCAACAAGUGAUAUAUGUUUCAGUAAGAUUGGAUUUUUAGCGUUUAUAGCAAUGGUUAUUAAUUGUACUGCAAGUCGAAGAAAAUUGAGGUUGUGGUGGCAGCUGCAGAGAGGUAUUUGGGUGUGCGAGACUUGACAUCAGAAGAGUUACAGGGAGUGUUAAGUGGUGAUGUCCCAUCAUUUCAGGUUGAGGGCAUUAGGUAGGAAUGAAUAUAUUUAAAUAGUGGAGUAGGGUGGUGUUAUUAUAGUGUAGUGUUAGAUAGUAGGGUUAUUCUUUAUUUUAUUUCAUUUUCAAGCAAAAUAUACUCCAGUCUAGUAGGUGGCGGUAAUGCAACAAAUUGGAUGCCAACCGCCGUUAAACCUAAUCGAAGAAGAAUAAUAAUUGUGGAUUGAAAACUAGGAAUAGGUAAAGUCUUACAGACUCAUAUAUACUUUUGUAUACUAUAUGGCGUAGUACAUUUCAGUUAGUGUGAAUUAAUUAGUUGCUUUCAAGUUUCUACUGUCAGAACCUGACAUCCCUGUCAUUUAGCUAGCACGGUAGCUAACUGAGUUGUCUGCUUGCUUUUAUCAAAGUAUUUUGGUAUAGGCUAGGUCGAAAAUAUACAGGUUAUAGGCAGCCGGUGUGUUUGACUGAUCCCCUCUUGUUGGUGGUGAACACAUUGACACUUUAUUUUUCCAGGCAAUAAUUGAACAUGGAAAACCUUGCCUCAAGCCUAGAGACCGUGGCAUUGAAUGGUUUUCAGGCUCCUACGGUUGAUGACAAUGGACAGAAGGACAGCUCACCUGCAGAGAUACUAAGGUUUCUCCUCAAUUCUGAUCUAUGGAUGUUUCAUAUUUACAGCUAGUGACCAUAUCAGUCAUUCUGCAAUACUUUCAGAUUUAUAUGUAUUAUACAGUAUGACAAUUUAAUAGCCUACCCCUGUCAUAGAGUAUGUAAUAUAUGAGGUAGAUAGAUGGAUAGAGCUGAUACUAAGUCUUGUUAUUACAUUUUACAUCCAUGAGUGUUUCACCCCUCAGGAUAAAAGAACAGAUGUCAAAUCAAUGUUUUGAGAUGACCGUGAAGCUCCAAGCAGGUAAAUUACAUUACCUUUUAUUACUGAAUUGGGUAUGCUGAUAUACUAUGUGACUAUAAAAUAGGGUUAUUAUUAUUAAAUGUCAAGUGUUCUUUAACAGGAAAAAGCAAAAGAUCUUGCAGUGCACCUGAUGCUGACAAAGACUUGUGAGUGUCUUUAGUUGGCAAUGUCAUCUCAUGUUGGCCUAUUCAUAACCAACAUUUAUUUUCUCAAUUCAGAUUUAGAAAAAGUGGAUUUAUUUGUCUCUUGAUAAUCCACAGGCCGGAUUAUGCUAGUACUUUGGAGGAAGCAAAAAUCACUCAUUUUAACAAGACAUUGGCCUUACACAGGUAACUAUCACAUUUCCUUGAAUUACUAGUACAUUAGUUAUGAUAGGCAUUUGUUGCUUGCAAACCCUUUAUGUAGAAGUCUGGAGCAUCAGUUCCAUUUGGACAGUUUGUAAACAGAUUAUACGUUGUGUUGUAUUUGUCAGGAUGCAGGUGUGGCAUGCCAUCUCUGAGAAGCUGAAAUCCAGUGAUCCAGAGGCCGAGUAAGUCCUUCAGGAGCUGAUUCUAACAACCUGUGUGCGUCCCAAAUGGCAUCCUAUUCCAUAUAUCCUUCAAACUCCACUCUGGACCUCGAAGCCAGUUCCACUGCAUUUUUUCAUUGUUCCCCUCUAAUCAGGGACUGAUUUAGACCUGGGACACCAGGUGUGUGCAAUUAAUUAUCAGGUAGAACAGAAAACCAGCAGGCUCCAGACCUCAUAGGGUAAGAGUUGAAUACCCCUGCCCUAUAAAGUCCACUACUGUUGACCAGAGCACUAUGGACUAUAUAGGGAAUAGGGUGCCAUUUUGGACACAGACCCUGUCUUAUUGAUAUCAAAGGACUCAAGCAGCUCCAUGUAAACUGGCUUUGAGAAGGGGGGGAAAAAUAUUAUUAACACUACUUUGUGAUAGAGUUCAAUGUGUUUGUAAAAAUGUCAGUCACACAAACCACAAAUGGGUAUCACAGUUGUUUACCUACUGACGUUGUAAUUACACUGCACUUGCCAGUGUAAAAACAUGUAAAUGCAUGUUUUAAGCACAACUUGAUGUAUCUUUUUUUCCAGAGCAAUGAGGGGACUGACCAAUCGUAGCCUAGACCUUUGUUCAAAGAUAAAGACACUUCAGCAGGUGGGUGCAUCUGUUAUCAAUAUGUUUGGACAAUGGACGUUUUCACCAAUCUGAUUGUGUGACUGUAACUAACAGUUUUAUAAAUUAGAACAAUGUUUAUUGCUUUCAUCAUAAAAACGAUGUGGUCAUUGGCUUGGCUCUGCUGCUGUAUUGUGUCACCAACUGUUGUGGAUUUAUGGAAUGUUAUUUCUGACCUCUUGUUUGCUUUGUCAACAGGAAUCAUGUGCGCUUCAGGACCAAAUCACAGACCUACAAAAGCAGAGGCUAGGUAUUUCAUCAUCCACACUAUGAACACUUUACCGUAGAGGAUAUAUAGGAAUUCACUAAAUUUGAUUGAAGAUAUGAACAAUCACCUUUUUAGUUCAUGUUUUAAUACUUUGCCUUGUAGUUCAGGUGGAGCAGUGAACUGAAUAAUAAAAAAGAAACUCCUUCAAACAUAUUUCAAUCGUUUACAUUUAUUUUAUUUUUCUCCUCACUCUGCAGAUCUAAAGCGUCUCACUCAUGAGAAGAUGAAGGAGAUGGAUGAGUUGAAGAGGAAGAGGGAGCCCCCAGAGGCAGAGAAGUACAGAAACAUCCUGCAGAAAGGCCAGUCUCACCUGGAGAAAUACCAGAAGAUGGCCACCGUCACACAGAAUGUCCUUCGGGUAAAUGGGCCUUUUUAUAUCUUUAAGAAGUUUCAUUCUUAAGGUAUGUCCCUAAUAAUAUCUCCUUUCUUCUGAAGUGUGCACUCAUUUACUUCUUCUCACAAAUCUAAAAGCAUUGGAUUGGUGGAGUCAUGGGCUAGUUGGAAUUUCUACCAUAUUUCUUAUACCAGUCAUUUCCUUCCAAAUCAGUAAAGGGAAGUGAACAAGUGCACACUUAUGGAGGAAGGAGAUAUAAUCGGGACAUAGCCUUAGUGCGAAGAGGAUGAUGGCAUAUUACCUGUUUUGUCAAUAAUGUCAGAACUCAUGAUGCUAUGUAGUUUUUUUCUCCAGGGGAUCAUCAUUGCCAGUAAAGUGAACUGGAGAGAUGACCCCAAACUGAGAGACAUCGCCAUGACGUUGGAGGACAUUCCCAUCUCUGAGGAAUGAGCGGUCAGCAUGGAAGGGGAAAGUAAUUGCAACAUUGUUGUAACAUUGUUUAUAUGUACAGUUAUCAGAAGUUGUAGUGUGAUAGAGAAGGAACAAAGUGUUAUCACAGUAGAUGUAAAAUGCAUAAUACACUGCAUCAGAGAUGGACAUCUUUUUGUAAUACGUUUUUGUUUGUACAAAAGCAUAGUUGUACUUCAUUUUGUAUUGAUAACUUUUGUUUUUAUGAAUAAAACUGCUAUUCACCAG